AUGGGCAGGCAGGAGGGGACGUGUCCUGGGGGGAAUCCCCCCCCUGCGCCCCCAAUCUCACCCUGGCCCGUCUCCCCCCAGCUCUCCUACAUCGCCGAGGACGAGAACGGCAAGAUCGUGGGCUACGUGCUGGCCAAGAUGGAGGAGGACCCCGACGACCUGCCCCACGGACACAUCACCUCCCUGGCCGUGAAACGCUCCCACCGGCGCCUGGGGCUGGCGCAGAAGCUGAUGGACCAGGCGUCCCGCGCCAUGAUCGAGAACUUCAACGCCAAGUACGUCUCCCUGCACGUCCGCAAGAGCUCCCCACAGCUGAGGCGGCAGCUGGAGCUGAAGGAGCGGACCCGGCAGCCGGUGCUGGAGCACAAGGCCAAUCACGGAGGCGACUGCUGCCCGGGGGUGACGGGGGGCCCGGGGGCCCCCGAGGACAGCGGGGGGGACAGCAAGGACGUGAGCGAGGCCACGGAGAGCACAGACGUGAAGGACAGUUCCGAGGCCUCCGACUCGGCCUCCUAGGGCCCCGCCGUGGGGCACUGGGGUAGCCAGCCCAAUAAAGGUCACCGCUGA